AUUGUAAAGAAACUCCGGGCACAUGGCACCAUCUCUGAUGGCCACGUGAGUCCCACAGAACCUGAGAAGGGCCUCAGACAGGUGUCCGCCUCUCAGAGAGCAAAUGUUUCAAAAUCCUCAUGUUACUUACGCAAACGAAAGCGCCCUGCUCUGUGCUUCUGCAUCGUGGCCUAAACUUUGCCGCCCGAGUGUAAGCGGCCUUGGAAAUGGAAAUCAGUCCCGGGCGGCACCGAGUGGCCAGCUUGCCGUGUUCCCUGUGGAACGUGAAGUUGAAUCUGAGAGUCUCUGGAAACCAAUGCUGGUUGCUCCCGAAGGAUCUUAAACGCACGUCAAAUGAAAAGCAGUCGUUGGCAACAGAAGAUAAAAAGCAAUGACCUCUUCGUGUUUCUCAGGGUGCCAAGUAAGGUCUGAGGUUAAAAUGUCAAUCUCUCUCUAUAAUGCUGAUAAAUUGGAUCUAAAAUUCUCUGGUUUCUCUUGCAAACAAGUACCUUCCAUGUGUUUACUAGGCGAGUAAGUUGAAGCGCCACAUCCGGUCACACACGGGGGAGCGUCCCUAUCAGUGCCACCUCUGCAGCUACGCCAGCAAGGACACCCACAAGCUGAAACGGCACAUGAGAACACACUCAGGCGAGAAGCCCUACGAGUGCCACGUGUGCCACGCGCGCUUCACCCAGAGCGGCACCAUGAAAAUACACAUCGUGCAGAAGCACAGCGAGAACGCCCCCAAGUACCAGUGUCCGCACUGCGCCGCGCUCAUCGCCAGGAAGAGCGACCUGCGGGUCCAUAUCCGCAACCUGCACACUUACAAAGCCGCAGGGAUGGAGUGCCACUACUGUCCUGCUGUCUUCCACGACCGCUAUGGCCUCCUUCAGCACCAGAAAACUCAUAGGAACGAGAAGAAGUUCAAGUGUGAGCACUGCAGCUACACCUGCAAGCAGGCGAACAUGCGGAGACACGCGGGGAAGUGUGCGGCCGCGGCCCCCGGAGCAGGAGGACGGACCCAGGCGAGGAUGUGGGCGGUCCCGAAGGAGGAAGACGAAUACGAAGCCGCUGCCUGGGAGGCUGAGGAGGCCUCCAUGGUGAGGGGAGACCAGUACCUAGGAGAGAUGACUCCUGGCAACUGCGGGGAAACCACAGCCGGAAGAAAGGACCUGGAUGGAGACCUGACCUGCGAGAUGGUCCUCAGCAUGCUGAACGGGUGAGGCGUCCGGGCCAUUCUCACAGCGCGCCAUCCUCACGCGGGUUGGGAACGCUUAGCUUCCUCCGUGAAGUUUGUGACACUGGUAGUCAUAGUUUCUUCCAAAGCUGGAGGCAGUGCCUAGGAUUGUUUGCCUGUUUUUCACUGAAUAUUUACAAAAUUAAAACAAAAAACAUUGCAGGUAUUUUAUAAGAGGCCCACAUCUUGAAUUGAGGGAUGAAAUCCCAAACCCAUGAAUUCAUUCACUAGAUUUUGGCCAAAGUGGCCCACAAUGAAUGAGCAAUGAUUUUUGGACAAUACCUGUUGCUGUCGUAGCACAGACUAUUGAGUGCUUCGGCCAACAGUCAAAGCUGGAAAACUUUAUGUUGAAUUGUACAUGCCCGUGAUAGUUCUAAUAUUACAAUUUUUAAACAUAAAAUAUAAAUUUUAUAUCCUUUUUUGUACAAAUGAAUUUUCCAUAAAAUUUAAAGUCAUCAUAAUACUUUUAAUGAGUUUUAGAUUCAACACAAAGAACCUCAAUAUUAUACCAAAAAACAAAACAAAAACUGAGUGGAAAAUGAGAAACUCUAAAUUCGACUAGAAAAUAAUGUUUAACCUAUUUCACCUCGGUGUCUGAGCAAAGCCUGCAUUUAGGUCUUUGUGUGCUUCCUGAAUUGUGUCCUUUGGCUGGAAGGAAAUCACCCUGGUUACUUCCCAUUACUGCUUAUCAGCAUAUCAGGUCAUCACCCGUUUGUUCUGCUGAAACCACUUUAUGUUUUCAAAAUAAUUGGCAGAGAAAAAACAAAACCCUGGUCGUGAAAAUGUGUCCUGGAGAAGAAUUUGUACCUUUUUAGAGCCCCCAGUAAACAAUGAGCCUUUGAAGACCUUCCCAUCUUCGAACAGCAUGUGAAAUGCCCAGAAUUAAAGUUAACUAGUUCCUAUCUUCAUAAUGAGACGCAUUUUUUCUUCUGAGCUCAGCACUUGCUUUUGCUGUGAAAUUUUCUCCCCAGAGUUUAAAAUCAAUGAUGGGUCCUAAAUUCAAAUUCUUUUUUUUUCCAGUUUAAUUGCGGUAUAAUUGACAAAUAAAAAUAUGAGACGUUAAAGUGUACUUCACCAUGAUUACACCGUGACUACAUUGUUUAAGAAUCUCUCCCAUCUUGUUAGCUCAGUUCAAAUUCUUAAAAUGCUGAUCUGUUGUUAAAAAUAUCCCAAGUCAGAAGCGCUGGACAAGGUGAGCCUGUGGGAGGGCGUUAUAUUCUUUUCAUAACAACAAACCAUUGAAUUCACAUAGUGAGACAUAGUCUGUUAUAUGCUACCAUUCUGACUAUUUGAACUUUUGUAAUUGUUUCUUAUUUUUUUACUAUUGUUUAAAGAUGUUUUGCAUAACUCAAUAA